UGGUUCUUCGGUAUUCCACUUGUCGCUAUUUCGUAAUGUGUGUUGAAAUUUUCAAGAGCACAUGGAAGAUCCAAAUAAAUUGCUCAAAGAAAUUUGGACGCUAAGAGUAUCCAUAUCCAAACCCAAUUGAUUCUCUCUGUGGCUGGAACCUUUGAAGUUUCAGAGUAUAGUUGUAUAAAAAGGGUUCCUUUGUUGUUCUCUCCACGUUAGAUGAUCAGAAACAAGGAUUCAGUACGUCGAUAUGGGAAACUGCAGCAGCCUUACUCUUCCAACAUGGAGAAGCCAGCUACAGAAUAACAGCCUGGUUUCUACUGAUGAGGAUGGGACUCACGAUGGCAUAAAGACAAUUCCAAUUCAGAAAGGUUGUGAAUUCACCACCAACUCUGUGCUCUGUGUGUGUAUCAUCACAUGGAACAUGAAUGGCAAGAUGUCUGUGGAAGAUAUAACAAAAUUGGUAAGAUCCAACAGAAAGUUUGAUUUGCUAGUUGUUGGACUGCAAGAGGCACCAAAAUGUGAUGUUUCGCAAGUUCUGCAAGAAACCAUGGCCGACACACACAUUCUAUUAGGUCAGAAAAGCAUGCAGUCUCUUCAGAUGCUUCUUUUCGGAUCAAAGAGUUCGGAGAAGUACAUCGGAGAGAUGAAGGUGGACAAACAUGCAGUUGGAGGUUUUGGGGGUAUGAUUGGGAGAAAGAAAGGAGCUGUGGCCAUGUACAUCAACUUCAGUGGGAUCCGGAUGGUUUUUGUGGUCUGCCAUCUUGCAGCUCAUGAACACAAGGUGGAGAAGAGGAACUCAGAAUUCCAGCAUAUUUCACGCUCACUCUUCUCCAAGUACGGUAAACCGUAUGCCCAAUCCGCAGACAUAACAGUGUGGCUCGGUGAUCUCAAUUAUAGACUCGAAGGAAUAAGCUCGAUACCUGCAAGGAAGAUGAUUGAGGAGAAUCGUCAGAGUAAGCUAAGAGGCAAAGAUCAGCUUCUUCAAGAAGCUGAAAAGGGCGAAGUGUUCAAUGGAUACUACGAAGGAACCCUGUCGUUUAAGCCAACAUACAAGUACGAUGUCGGAAGUAGCAUCUACGAUACAAGUCAUAAGGUAAGAGUGCCUUCUUGGACAGACAGGAUAUUGUUCAAGGUCGACCAUUCUUCAGGCUUGGAUGCAGUAUUAAGCUCAUAUGAAUCCCUCGACUGUGUUAGGAGCUCCGAUCACAAGCCUGUGAAAGCGCAUCUUUGCCUCAGUGCGCAGCGAGGAUGAUUAGUUUGUCUAGUUGACAUAGCAGAGGUAGCAUUUAUAAAGAUUGACUUCUUCUCAUAAGGCUGUAGAGAUGUUUAAUGUGAUGUAAACUAAACCUGUUGAUGUUAUUUUCCUUUUCGUCCCUGCAAAAAAAAUGUGUAUACAGAAGGGUGGUGAACUGGUGAUUACUGCAGUGCUAUUCUCCAAUCACAUGGCAUGUUGCCAUGCUAUGAUGUUAAUA